UUUCAACGAGAAUUUUCGUAUGACUGCUAUAUGAGAUACUACUUUAAUUUUUGCUGCGCAAGCGAAAUACCAAGCCGGAUGAUUUCAUUUGUGAAAAAGCCAAACUGGAAAUGGUUUUAGAGUACAUGUGUAGGUUAAAUUAUGAGUCCUAUCUUACAAGUAAUUUGUUAUAUCGACAGGUACUUUGCAACGGGAGAUUUGUGUAGACAUAUAGCUUCCUUCUACAGAAUUAGUAAGCAGCAUUUUGGUCACAUAGUAUCGCACGUAAGUCAAGCUAUCUGCAAAGCUUUGAAGAGCCAAGUACCGGAAUGUAAUGAGCAAACCAAGUCUGCAGUUGCGAAUGGUUAUAAAGAAAAAUGGAAUUUUCCAAACUGCGUUGGAGCUAUCGAUGGAAAACAUAUCGCCAUUAGAGAGCCCCCGAAAAGUGGAAGUAUUUUCUUCAAUUACAAGGGCUUUAACUCCAUUGUUCUUUUGGCUACGUGCGACGCUUUUUACAAGUUUACCUAUAUAGAUGUAGGCGCUUACGGUAGUGAAGGGCAUGCCAAUAUUUUCAAAAACUCUACAUUUGGCUCUAGAAUACUAAACGACCAGUUGCCAUUCCCUGCUGAUACUAUUAUUAACGGGAAGAAAGUGCCGCAUUUCAUCGUUGCAGAUGACGCCUUCCCGUUGAACAAGCGGAUUAUAAAACCAUUCUCUAAAAAAUCGAUGACAAAAGAAGAGCGCAUAUUUAAUUAUCGUUUGAGCCGAGCUCGAAGAUGCAUUGAGAAUGCUUUUGGGAUUUUGAGCACGAAAUGGCUUUGUUUACGAAAAAUCUUAUUUUGCUUUCCGGAUCGUGCUCAGGAAAUAGUAUCAUCAUGCUGCUUGCUACACAAUUUCUUGUUGAACAAAGCUCGCCAGGAAUAUUGUCCAGAUACAUUCUCUGGGUAUGAAGGUAAUGGUGGAGAGUGGAUAAGAGGAGAAUAUGAAAGUUGGGAGGAGACCCGGAAUGAACCGAACUUUUGCCGUGGAAGAUCUUCGGAUUAUGGGAAAUAUGUACGCAAUUUGUUAAAGGAGUACGUUAACUCUGAAGAGGGAGCUGUUCCAUGGCAGAAUGAUGCUGCAUUUGUUUAUUCCUUUCAUGCCUUUAAUUAUUUCAAAUGUUUUAAGUGUAGUUCAUAG